AGCAAGAUUCCAGCUCUUCUUCCUCUCACACAAUAUAUAUCUCUCCCCAAAAUCCCCCCUCUCUCUCUCCCUCUCUCUCUCUCUCAACCAAUGGCGUAGAAGAGAUUGAGAGAAGAAGAAGAGAGAUAAAGCUAAAAGCUCCCUCACACCACACCAGAGCUCACCUCUCUCUCCCUCUCUCUAAAACCCUCCUCCCAAAAUCGAAUCUUGCGCCGCCCCAGCAAUGGCGGAGAGCCAGAAAUACAUCACCGCCGACGAGCUGGCCACCCACACCACCUCCGGCGACCUCUGGAUCUCCAUCCACGGCAAAAUCUACGACGUCUCGCGCUGGAUCAAAUCCCACCCCGGCGGCGACCUCCCCCUCCGCAACCUCGCCGGCCGCGACGCCACCGACGCAUUCCUCGCCUACCACCCCACCCGCGCCUGGCCCCACCUCGCCCAAUUCCACAACGGCCUCCACCUCCAAAACUACGCCGUUUCGGAGGUCUCCAAGGACUACCGCAAACUCCUCCACGACUUCACCAAGAUCGGCCUCUUCGAAAACAAGGGCCACAACGUCUUCCUCUCCCUCACCGCCAUUGCUCUCCUCUUCUCCCUCUCCCUCUACGGCGUCGUUUUCGUCCAAAACAGCCCCUUCCUCCACGCCCUCUGCGGCGCCGCCAUGGGGUUCCUCUGGAUCCAGAGCGGCUGGCUCGGCCACGACUCCGGCCACUACCAAAUCAUGCUCACCCGCAACCAGAAUCGAUUCAUCCAGAUCCUCUCCGGCAACUGCCUCGCCGGAAUCAGCAUCGCGUGGUGGAAGCGCAACCACAACGCGCACCACAUCGCCGUCAACAGCCUCGACCACGACCCCGAUCUCCAGCACAUGCCCUUCUUCGCCGUCUCCACCAAGCUCUUCGGCUCCAUCACCUCCUUAUACUACAAUCGGAAAAUGGAAUUCGACAAAUUCGCGAGAUUCCUGAUCAGCAAGCAGCAUUGGACGUAUUAUCCGGUGAUGAGCUUCGCUCGAUUGAAUUUAUUCGCGCAAUCCUUCUUCCUCCUCUCGUCAAACAAAAAUGUCCCAAAUCGGGGGCAGGAGAUUCUAGGGUUACUGAUUUUCUGGAUUUGGUACCCAUUGUUGGUCUCAUUUUUACCUAAUUGGAAGGAAAAAGUGAUCUUCAUCGCUUGCAGCUUCAUCGUUACGAGCAUUCAACAUGUUCAAUUCACAUUGAAUCAUUUCUCUGCAUCUGUGUAUGUGGGGUUGCCCAAUGGGAAUGAUUGGUUUGAGAAGCAGACACAUGGCACAUUGAACAUCAGCUGCCCGCCGUGGAUGGAUUGGUUCCACGGCGGGCUGCAGUUUCAAAUCGAGCACCACCUUUUCCCCCGGCUGCCACGGAGCCAGCUCCGGGGGGUGGCGCCCGUGGUGAGGGAGCUCUGCAAGAAGCACGGCUUGCCCUACAACAUCGCGAGCUUUUGGGGGGCGAAUGUGAUGACGUUGAGGACUCUGAGGGCGGCCGCGAUGCAGGCCGGAGAUUAUAGCAAGCCGGUGCCGAGGAACUUGGUGUGGGAGGCUGUCAACACUCUUGGCUAGGGUUGGCUAGGCUUGGUUAGGGUUUAGGGUUGGGAGAGUUUCUUGGCCUUGUUUUUGCUUGGUUUGGUGUUGGCUUAGUUGUUGGGGAUUGGUUGAUCUAUUGGUCUUGAGAGGGGCAUCAUUUGUGGUGUUUGUAUCUUUGGAUUUGAGGAGAGAUCAUAUCUUGUUGUCUUGUUUUUUUCUUUAACAUGUUUUGGUUAUCAAGCAAAUUUGUUUCUUGA